AUGGAAUUAACACGAGAACCAUGUCCAUGGAGAGUCGUUGACGAUUGUGGUGGAGCUUUUGCAAUGGGUACAAUUGCCGGAACCUUAAUACAAAGUGUAAUCGGUUUUCGGAACUCUCCUUCUGGAAUGAAGAGAAGAUUCGAGGGGGGACUCACAGCUGUUAAGAAUAAGGUGCCUCAAGUUGCUGGUAAUUUUGCCGUUUGGGGUGGUUUAUUUUCUGCCAUUGAAUGCUCUCUUAUUUAUUUUCGAUCCAAGGAAGAUCCAUGGAAUUCAAUUGCAAGUGGCGCCCUCACUGGCGGCAUUUUAGCAGCACGAACAGGAGUUCCAUCAAUGUUGGGCAGUGCAACUGUGGGUGGAAUACUUUUAGCAGUAAUAGAAGGCUGUGGUCUUGUAAUGACACGAAUUCAAGGUGAAGGUUAUUCCCUACACAACACAAUGCUCGGUGAGAGUGUGCAAAAUUUAGCAAACACAAAUGGGCAAAAUGGAAGAAUAGUCUUUUUGGGUUCGGCAGCAUCGGGCGAAGGUUCAUCUUCCGGAAAACAGACAACUGCAACGGAAGAGGUUAAAAGAAUAGGCAAAACUUGGUGAAACGUUAUCAUUUAUA